UGAUGCAGAACCGUGGAAGGCAUUGACAACCCAACUUGGCAAGCUGUCUCUUUCCAUAAGAAAUCUUUUUGGCUUCUCUCUCCUCUCUUUUCUUCAAAAACUGCAACUCUCCCCAUUCCUUCCAAUCUUUUCUACUAUUACUUAUUCUUGAUUUCUUCUCAUCCUAUUUCCAGGCCAAACCCAUCGCUCCUGUUUUCCCAUUUUGGAAAACAGAUCUUGAGAUGAUGGGUUCCUGGCUCCAUUACUGUUCUUCUUCCUCUGUUGCUACUGCUCUGUUUCUGAUUUGUCUUCUCCAAGGAUCCAAUGGGUGCGAUUACUUCAAAGGUAACUGGGUAUUCGAUUCUUCCUAUCCUCUCUAUGAUUCAUUGAGUUGCCCAUUCAUCGAAAAAGAGUUCAGUUGCCAGAAGAAUGGCCGCCCUGAUUCUCGUUACCAAAGUUACAGAUGGAAGCCCACUGGAUGUGAUUUGCCCAGCUUUGACGGUGAGGAUUUUCUGAGGAAGAAUAAAGGGAAACGGAUCAUGUUCGUGGGGGACUCGCUGAGUCGGAACCAGUGGAAAUCGUUACUUUGCUUGUUAUAUAGUGCAGUGCCUCAUGCCACCUUCACAAUGGAGACUCACGAGGAGGAAAACGUCUCUACUUUCACCGUCCAGGAGUAUGAAGUUUCAGUAAUGCUGUCCCGAAAUGUGUAUCUAGUAGAUAUAGUAAGGGAAGAUAUCGGACGAGUCCUGAAACUAGACUCAAUCAAGGAGGGAGACAAGGUAUGGAAAGACUUGGACGUCUUGAUCUUCAACACAUGGCAUUGGUGGAAUCGCAGAGGCCCCACACAACCAUUUGAUUACUUUGAACUAGGAAAUAAGACCUACAAAGACAUGGAUCGUUUAGCUGCUUUUGAGAUAGCCCUUACUACAUGGGCUACAUGGGUAGAUGACAAAAUUGAUCCCACCAAAACAAGAGUCUUCUUUCAAGGCAUAUCUCCAUCCCAUUACAAUGGCACAGGAUGGAAUGAGCCUGGUGUAAAGAACUGUCGUGGACAAGAGCUACCCUUGACUGGGACUACAUACCCAGGAGGUUUACCUAUGGCCUUGACAGUGCUGAAGAAAGUAUUGAGUGGGAUGUCUAAGCCUGUGUAUUUGCUUGAUGUGACGGAGCUGUCACUGCUAAGGAAAGAUGGGCAUCCUUCUACCUAUGGAUUUGGUGCGAUGGAUUGCAGCCAUUGGUGUCUCCCUGGUGUUCCUGAUACUUGGAACCAACUCCUUUACAAUGGUCUCUUAUGAUCAUAAUAUAUUGAUGAGCUAUGAUGAGAAAGGAUGAAAAUAAGGUAUUAGCAUAUUCAAUUGAUCAAUGUAGCAUUAUUCUUUUUCAUUCUCCUUUCAUUUAUGAUGACAUUAUUGGAAAAAAUAAAGUUUUUCUUUAUAUUUUCCUUCUGGAAA